AUGCUCGUAGCUUGCUUUGUUUUUGUACUCUUCUCUCUGCUCAGACUUGGUUGACUAUGUCUGGUCGCGGCAAAGGCGGCAAAGGUUUGGGUAAGGGAGGCGCCAAGCGCCACCGGAAAGUGCUGCGGGAUAACAUCCAAGGCAUCACUAAGCCGGCCAUUCGGCGCCUUGCUAGGCGUGGUGGGGUUAAACGGAUCUCCGGUUUGAUUUACGAGGAGACCCGAGGUGUUCUCAAGGUUUUUCUGGAGAACGUGAUCCGGGACGCCGUGACCUAUACGGAGCACGCCAAGCGCAAGACUGUCACUGCCAUGGAUGUGGUUUACGCGCUCAAGCGCCAAGGACGUACUCUAUACGGUUUCGGCGGUUAAUAUUUUAGUCAGUUUUCCGUCCAAUGGCCCUUUUCAGGGCCGCCCACUCUCUCUCAGAAAGAGCUGUGAUCGUAUUCUUCCGGAAAAUCUCAGCUUUACUCAACCACUUCGCCUAGCAUGAACAACUUCUACAGGCCGGUUGGGAGAGACCAGGUUCUUAGGUCUGAGCGGCUGCUAAAGCAGAAGUCAGCUGAGCAAACGCGGUCUCUGGGAUAAGCGAGCUAUGAAGUUUAAUGCUAUGGUUUUGACACUAAAGGAACUUAACAGUGCCGCGCGAGUCCGAUAAUGAGUCGUUCAGCUUUUUAAUUUUAAAAACAUUGCGUUAUUUGUACGGGAGUCUUAAGAUGCCAGCCGGCUGCAAGUGAUUAAGUGGAUUAAAAUAGAUGUCAGGUGUU